UUAAACCAGGAAAUGACUUUAUUGGUCUCAUGGUACUCCUUGGAGGCAUCAGUGAGAUAGCAGUGCCUCUUUGGAUUGCUCAAUAGGCAGACGAUUCCCAAUGCAAUCUUUCUAGUUUUUGAAGUUGAAGAUCUUGAGGGUAUGGGCCAUUGCCCUUAAGAUAUAAACUACUACUCUGCUUAGUUGUCAUUCUUGCUCUAACUAAGAGUAUGAUGUAACCUUAGUCAAAUAUAUAUCUCUGAAAAGAUUCUCUGAAAAGGUAGUAUAAAUGUACAUGUCCUUACCUCCACUUUGCUCACAUAAACAUUGUCAAGACUCAAGAGUCUCUGCACUAGAAUCUUAGGAGUUUUAGAAACUGCAGUAGAAGGUUCAGACUCAAGAUCAAUAGAAUGGAGGCCAAGUGUGGAGCUAUUUGGAGCUCUAUCGAUGCGAGGAGCGAGGACUCUGAGAUGAUUGCUCACCUGCAGUCCAUGUUCUGGAGCAACAGUGAUGUUGCUCUCAACCUCUGUUCGUCAAACACCAGUGGCAAUUCUUGUGUCACAGCUAGCACAUUGCCUAGCAGCUUGUUCCUUCCUCUUGUCGAUAAUGAGAGCUAUGGUGCAGCGCCAUCGGUGGACACCGGCAUGGAUUCAUGCUUUGAUCACCAGCAUCAGAGCAUUACUGGUCACAAGAGGAUAUCGCACAUGGAUGAGCAGAUGAAGAAGACGAGAAAGAAGUCCCGGACUGUUCCAUCGGUAUCAAAGGCUCUGGGUUCCAGCCUAGUCGAUAAUCAGAUGAAUGCUGACAUUUUCAAUCAGAGCUCCUCCUGCUGCAGCUCGGGAGAAGAUUCAAUUGGAACAUCUGAGAAAUCCAUUGUUGCAAACCAGAGUGACAAUACGAGUGGUUGUAAGCGGCCUUCAAAGAAUAUGCAAAGCCUUUAUGCAAAGAAGAGAAGAGAGAGGAUCAACGAGAAGUUGAGAGUACUGCAGCAGCUGAUUCCCAAUGGCACCAAAGUUGACAUCAGCACAAUGUUGGAGGAAGCAGUUCAGUAUGUCAAGUUUCUGCAGCUGCAAAUAAAGGUCUUAAGCUCUGACGAGACAUGGAUGUAUGCGCCCCUCGCCUACAAUGGUAUGGACAUCGGUCUCACUCUCGCUCUGAGAACUGCUGCAAACCAAGAGUGACAAAUCUCAAACGAAUUGGCUGAAUUGUUUGUAAUCUGGAGCUGGGUUGGUGUCAAGUCAAAUUCGUUGCAUGGUGCAUGUGUUGUUAGAUCUUAACCCUGACUUUGAAUUAUCCAGUUCCUUCUUGUAAGUUGGAUCAAGGCCUAGCCUUUCCAUAUACGGUAAGUAUUUAUAUCAAA